UUUUUAAACUCACAGCAAAGAGCGUACAUAAUUCAAAAUGGAUUGAAAAGCGCACCCUGGUUGCAAUAUUUUACUUCUUGGUUUUCAUAAAGUAGAAUUGAAUCUUAUGUUGAUGUGGAAGUUUUUGUCAGCUGCCAGCUAGUUAGCAAGCAAUCUGAGUUAACGCGACGAGUUUGGCUCAGUUCGUUUCUGGUCGUAUACGCUACCCUGGCAAACUUAUUAACAACUUAAUUUGUAGUGGCAGUCCAGAAGUAAUGUUCAUCAAAUUCCACACACAGUUUUCCAAAAAGCAUUAUGGAUGUCAAGGUCACAGUGAUGGAGCAGAGUAGGAGGACACUUGGAUCUGUGGCCAAUGCCGUCUGAAGAACUGUCUGCCUGAGGGUAUGUUGAGACGUCUCGCCAGACCAGAGCAGAGGCGUCUAGGUGGUUCGGACGGGGACUGAAGGUGAGGUGGAAAGACAGACGAGGGACCAGGGAGAAAGACAUGGGCCAGUGUGUCACCAAGUGUAAGAAUCCAACGUCCUCACUCGGCAGUAAGAGUGGAGACAAGGACAGCGGCUCCAAGUCCCAUCACAAGAAAGUUGGCGGUGGCCACAAAGAAGAGCCCAGUGCCCCAUGUAGCAAAGCCACCAGCGAGCUGUCGAAUGGCACCAAGGCCAUGGAGGUUACAGUGGAAUCACCCAUCAUUCCUACAGCGAUCGGGGAACUACACAAGGACGAGUGUUUGGAUGGAGAUGGGCUGUCUAUGCUCCGUAUUGAGGAGCUGUUCUGCUGCUACAAGGACGAACAGGAAGAUGCCAUCUUGGAGGAAGGCAUGGAGAGGUUUUGUAAUGAUCUCUGUGUGGACCCAGCAGAAUUUCGUGUGCUUGUUCUUGCCUGGAAGUUUCAAGCAGCCACCAUGUGCAAGUUUACAAGAAAGGAGUUUGUGGAGGGCUGCAAGGCCAUCCAGGCAGACAGCCUUGAGGGCAUCUGCUCUCGUUUCCCUUGCAUGCUGCUGGACGCCCAGGGUGAGGAAAACUUCAAGGACCUGUACCGAUUCACCUUCCAGUUUGGCCUGGACGCUGAGGAGGGCCAACGCUCUCUGCAGCACGAAAUAGCCAUUGCCCUGUGGCGCCUGGUUUUCACCCAGGACACACCUGUGAUCCUUGAGCGCUGGCUUGACUUCCUAGCGGAGAACCCUUCAGGUAUUCGGGGUAUCUCAAGGGACACGUGGAACAUGUUCCUCAAUUUCACCCAGGCAAUUGGGCCGGACCUGAGCAACUACAGCGAGGAUGAGGCCUGGCCUAGCCUCUUCGACACCUUUGUGGAGUGGGAGCUGGAGCGUAGGAAAAAAGAGGACGAACAGGUACUGUUGGCAAAGGAGGAAGAGGGGAGGUGUACUGAGACAGAGUGUUCUCCCACCACAGACAGACUUGAAACAGAGGGAAGCCGUGGCUCACAGACAUGGGGGGGGCACUGACCAGGAAACAAACAUUUGUGAUAGAAGAUGUGACAAAGUGAACUGUACAUCUGUGAAUCAUUGAGUGAAUAUUAGUAUUACCAUAACAGCUGUUAAUUUCUCUCUCCUUUUCUGUUGGGGUGGGAUUCAUGCUUUGCAGCUUUUUGGUUGUUUUUGAAAGGGCUCUAAGAACAGCUAUUUUUUAAGCACUUCUAUUUAAGUUAUUGUUUUACCCUUUUCUCCUCCCAUGUGUGUUUUUUGCAAUUGGACAUGAAUAUGUUCAUUUUAAUCUACCUACCAAAACCCACCAGAGUAAGCAAAGACUUGGCUUGAAAAGUAGGCAACAAACAGCCAUAUAGACACUUCAUUCUGACAUGGUACAACUGCGGAUGGUUGAUUUUGCAUAAGGAAACACUUAAUAGUUAAGAAGAAGGGAAAUUUGCAUAAUAUGGCUACAAAUCAUUUUUACUACCGAAAUUUGAGAUUUAUUGUGAGGGUCAGAGAAAAUAUCUGUUGGAUUGUACACUUUUUAACUUGCAGUGCUGUGAGGAUGAUUGGGUUGAACUGCUAUUGCCUUCAACUGUUGGGCUGCAAUUAUAUGGCAAACUACAACUCUGUCACAAGAGGCAUUUUGUCAUUCAAAAUAUUAUGAAUGAGGUUUACAUUUGUAACCUUAAUUCAAAGUUUUAAUGUUCAAGUUGGUUUCAAGCUGGUAACAGACCCACCCUCUCUUCUGUUUGAGUGUCUUUGAGUGCUACAGGUGCAGUGAGCAGCUUUGUUUAAGCAGCUGGCUGUACCUCUUUUGACCUAUCAUCUACAGUUAUGUCCACCUACUUUGAAGAAGUGGUUAAGUCUAUACAACUUUGACAGCUUUUCUUAGAUGUUUCAUUGAUCUUGUAGGAAGUCUGUAACACAGCAAAUUGGCAAAAACUAGGUCUUGGUCAUUUCUGGACAGAUGAUAUUUAAGCCUACAAUAUAUUCAGGACUGUUUAAACUGGGCGCUACACAAAGCUUAUACUGUUUACCUUCAGGAUUUUGAGUCUUGAAUUGCUAUACAAAAAAAAAACGUGUGCGCACUUCACAAAUAAUGUUGAUUGCUGCUGGUGAUGGCUGUAAUGAAUUGCACAAAAACCAAUGGCAUGCUAAGUUGUUAGACUUGCAGUGCUUUGCAGAGAGAUUUUCAACCACAUUAUUUCCAUUUUAAACCUUUUCCAAACUGUAGUUUGAUCUUAAGUAUAGCCUGGGCUGUUUUGGACUGA